CCUCCACCUCCCCCUCCAACCCCGAAACCAUGCUGGACGGAUUGAAAAUGGAAGCAAGUUUGCAGCAUUCGGCAGAGAACACGGCCUCGCUUCUGGGGCCCAGUGGAAAGGAGAGGGCGGUAUGUGAAGGCUGUGACAGGGUGAUCGUAGACCGCUUUCUGCUGAGGGUGAAUGACAGCUUUUGGCACGAGCAGUGUGUGCAAUGUGCUGGGUGCAGGGAGCCCCUCACCACCACUUGCUACUACAGAGACAAGAAGCUUUACUGCAAGCAUGACUACGAAAAGCUGUUUGCAGCCAAGUGCAGUGGCUGCAUGGAGGCGAUCGCCCCUACGGAGUUCGUCAUGAGGGCGCAGAAGAGCGUCUAUCACCUGCCCUGCUUCUGCUGCUGUGUGUGCGAGCGGCAGCUCCAGAAAGGAGACGAGUUUGUGCUGAAGGAGGGCCAACUACUCUGCAAGGGCGACUACGAGAAGGAGCAGGAGCUGCUGAGCCUGGUCAGCCCGGCCGCCUCGGACUCAGCUAAAAGCGAUGACGAAGACUGCAUUGGCAAACUGGAGCAGUUGCAGUGCAAAGGAGGGGAUGACUCCAAAGAUCCCAAGCGACCGAAGAGACCUCGGACUAUUCUGACCACGCAACAGAGGCGUGCUUUCAAGGCAUCUUUUGAGGUGUCUUCCAAGCCCUGCAGAAAGGUGAGGGAGACUCUUGCAGCUGAAACGGGUCUGAGUGUCCGUGUUGUGCAAGUCUGGUUCCAGAAUCAGAGAGCCAAGAUGAAGAAACUCGCUCGUAGACAGCAGCAACAGCAACAAGACCAGCAGAACACCCAGCGGCUGAACACAGUCCCAGCGAACAGUUCCAAUAACCCUGGAAUGGAAACGAUGAUGAACCCUUAUACAAGCCUGCCUCCACAGCAGCUCCUGGCUAUUGAACAGAAUGGAUAUAGCACCGAUCCUUUUCGACAAGGCCUCACUCCUCCUCAGAUGCCGGGAGACCAUAUGCACCCUUAUGGCAACGAGACCCUUUUCCAUGACAUGGACAGCGACACAUCGCUCAACAGCCUAGGUGACUGCCUCCUGGCAACCAACGAAGCAAGCUCCAUGCAGGCUCGGAUAGGAAACCCCAUAGAUCGGCUCUACUCCAUGCAGAAUUCCUACUUUACCUCAUGAAGUAGGGCUCACUGUCAACGCCGGAAAGAGCAGAGCUGCCCAGAAGGCCCCGACAGCCAACAGUUGAAUAUCAUUCCACAGCUCUACUCAACAUCACUGAAAGCAACAGACGAAACCUGGGGUCCUACAAGCGCUUGGACUGCGAUAAUCAUUGAUAACCCACCCCCUCCCCAUUACCGCCACUCGCUAGCAAUUAGUCGUGCUGAGUGUUUUAGACUGUUGUGGUUAGCCACGUCGCUGUGUUCCGAAUGGUCCAUCGUUAUCGAUGCGGGCAAAAUAAUGCCCACUCAUUUCAGAAGCCUGACGGCUCCUUACAGAUGACUCGCACUUAGCCCUCCCCCGACCCCGCCUCUUGGAAAAUCCGAAACCUGUCUCAGCUAGAGCGAUGGAUUGUGCAUUCGGCGUCAAAAAUUGCAAGACCCAGACCCGGGGAG